GCCAGUGGCAGCAGGCAGGCGGACGGACGGACAGUUUAGACAAAUAGACAGACGGUGGACGGCAGGGGAAGGAUGGAUGAAUACGAAGAUGGUGAUGUUCCUUCUGUUGAGGACCUGGUGCCAUGCAACAUCUGUGGAAGACGCUUCUUUUCAAAAGUCCUGAAAAAGCAUACUUCCAUCUGCCAAAAGGCAGCGAACAAGAGGAGGAAGGUGUUUGACUCUAGUAGACAGAGAGCCGAAGGCACAGAUAUCACCACCAUUAAACCCAUCAAACCAAAGUCACACAGUUCAUCCGCCACCGAGAAAGCGGAGCCCCCCAAGAAGCCAUCUAACUGGCGCAGGAAACAUGAGGAGUUUAUUGCCACCAUCCGGGCAGCUAAGGGUGUCACCCAGGCUAUUAAAGAGGGAGGGCCUUUACCCCCACCGCCCCCUCCUUCUUACGACCCAGACUAUAUCCAGUGCCCGUACUGUCAGAGGAGGUUCGGUGAGAAUGCAGCAGAUCGACACAUCAAGUUUUGCCAAGAGCAGGCUGCUCGUAUGCCAAACAAGGGCAAGUCAGUAGAGACUAAAAAAACUCCAACUCGGACGCAGUACAAGGCUCUUGCUCCAGUGAAGAAGACCAACUCCCCUGCUGUGUCAACCAUCCCAUCCGUCUCCUCGCGCUUACCACAGAGAUCUGGCUCUGGACCAUCCACUGGAAUCCCAUCAAGUAAGACCUCUGCAGGUUCAGUGAGGAGUAUUCCGUCUGGUCUAAGUCCUUCAUCAGGUAUGGGCAGUAAGAUACGGGUGACGAACUCUGGCUAUGGCUCCGCAAAGCACACUCAAUCUGGAUUGGGACUUAACAAGCGAAAUGUCUCUAAUGUAGACAACUACAACUACAGGAAUGAUGCCAGUGCUUGUAAUGAGGUGGACAACGAUGGAAUCAAGAGCAAGUUCUGCCAUGCAUGCGGUACCAAGUAUCCUGUAGAGUCUGCCAAAUUCUGUUGCGAAUGUGGAGUCAAGAGGAUGUGCAUCUGAAGAACGAGAGAAUAGAGGAGAGGGAGAACGCAUCAUCUGAAUACGCCGAUACCCCAAAAUAGAUUCCCCACCACAUGUUACAUGGAAGAAGUAAAAUGGGCCUGAUCCCCCCCCCCCACACACACACACACAAAGACACAUGUAGAAAGAUGUUACAUUUCUCCAGAAGAGAAAAGCUUAUUUUUAUUCAUAAAUGACCCUAAAUUCAUUGUGCAAUUUUACAUUAUUAAAUAAAAGUAAUAGAUCAAGUCACUACUGGGUAUGAGCCAGUAUUUAGGACUUUGGGUCCAAGUUGACAGUAUCUGUGCGAGGACUGGUGCAUCCUCCUAGGAGAAUGGACACAUGGAGUAUAAGGGGACUGAGAGUAGGAAAAAAACUAAUGAAUCGGUUUGGAAUGUGAAAAUAGAGAGAAAGCUUGAAAGGCUACAAAGUAAGUCCUUGUGAUAGCCCUUGAAUCCCAAUCUACCUUGACCAGAAGUCCACCCCUCUUGUCCCGCUUCUCUCCAUCCCCCUCACAUUCAAAGUCUCCCCUCAUUGAAGUGCAAUAUGAUUGACUACUGAAAGAGACAGUGUGUUAUGUGAAGAGCAGGCAGACCCGAGGUUUUCUUGGGAAAGUUUUCAUGUUCAUUUGAUAGGAACCGUCCCUAACUUUUGAGUUAUUUGGCAUGACCCAUUUGGAUUUUCUGUUUGCUUCCAGGCAAGUCCUGUUUAAAACUCGUAAUGCCACCAUCUUGCGGCAGGCCUGACAUUUCUUCACAAGGGUUUUGAAGUGUAGCAUUACUCAAAACCCUAUUGAAUCUUCUGUUUUAUACACUGAAAUUGAUUAUUUUCUUAUUCUAGUUGACUCAUAGAGUAAAAAAUAAUUUUCUGCGUCUUUUUGAUGUUAUUUGAAAAAUCAAAUUUUUUGUUAAAUUUUGUAUCAAACCUUUUAGGUACAAGGAUGUGUUCUAUUUGUUAUCCCCCCCCCCCCCACAGUAUUUCUUUUUAAUCAGUAUUAAACUAAACACAGCAGGUUGUUAGGAUCAUUAGUAGGUAAUGUUCAUGUACUUGUAGCUUGCUCUAAAUGCUCAACACACUAAAGUGGAUUUACUCUAUUUUCCUGCUUAUACCUCCAAUCUGCUACUCGUGCUUAUAUAUAAAUAUAUUAAGGCACAUACAGCGUCAUCAUUGGAAAUCAGCAUCCUCUCCUUGAUUUCUGGUGUAGUGUAAAUGCUGUUCAGAUUAGGCAACCUGUGCUCGGACACAUUUGCAGAUGCGCAGUAUAUGAUGUGGGGCCGCGGAUACCUGUUAUGAAGGGUUGUUGGACUCCUUUCUUCAGUGUCAAGUGGCCUAUCCCAGCUUGCAUAUUUCAGCCUCGGUAUUAAAGGGCACCUAUUAUGCCAUUUUUCAACAAUUUAAUAUAAGUCUUUGGGGGUCCCCAAAACACGUCUUUUGAGUAUUUUUGCUGAAAAUACCACUCAAAUUCAGUGUUGUAGCAUGCCUCUAUACCCCUCUGUUGACCUCUUGUUCAGAUUACUCGGAUUGAGUAUAUGCUAAUUUUAUGCAAAUGAGCUGCUGCAGCCCACGCCCCACUCCGUGAUGUCAUUGCCAGGUGAGAACGAGAUGUAAACAGAACCUCUUUAAUCCAGUCCACCGUGUUGACUGGUACUUGAGGAUCUUCUUUGAGUGUGAAAAAUAACAAAUCAGUCAUUGUGUAUAUCGCCAUUCGCAGCUUCACUGUGCGGGCCGUGUGUACGUAGACUUGCAUGGCUUCCUCUUUGAGACAAGCAUAUGCUACUGGCAGGAUCAACCAGGUAGCCUCAUGUCGCCGAGCCCGGCUGAAUGGACUGGGCUGGGCGGACCCGAAAACCGCAGCCCCGUUGGUGGUGGGGGUGUACGGACGGGUAGGUGACGGACCCCGCAGCCGGGUUCGGUAAACAUCGGGCGGGGGUUUGACCCUCGCUUUGAGGAAGAAAAAACAUACUAAACGUGCGCUUCAGCGUGCGAGGAUUUUGAGAAAAUGUCUUCCGGGAAGCGCCGCGAGGUACACACCGAGUUCUUGGACCGGGGGGGGGGCGGCGGCGGCGGCGAACCUCGCGGCGGGAGCUGUGGGCUAAGCCCCGCCGUAGAGCUGACGAGCGGAGCAACGGAGAGGACCAGGCGCUAGAGCCCCGCCCACUCGGCACUCAGCUCGCUGCAACAACAACAAUCCGAAAGCCGGCCGGCGGAGGCCCUCCAAAGGCGUGUUAAGUUAAGUUAGCCCAUUGAUCGGGACACAAAGACACAAAGCGAGUCCGGGUAUGGUGUAGGCAGCCCGGCCAGAGAAAGCACCUGGGGCACGGCCGACACAUCCCCUGGCUCUCACAUUGAAAAUCGACAAGUCUCCUGAAAACCUGCCGAAACCCGUCACACACUAACCGUGUUUUGCCAACUUUAGCGGGAACGUUGCCAUCAAAAAUAAACUUUAUCCACUCAGCUCUUCUGCCCUCUGAGGUUGGGAGCCGACGUAGCGAUUUGUGCGGGUUAUUGCAGCCAAGAGCAGCGCAUUUCCCGUGCGAAGACACUAUGCUAGCUAGCUGCAAAAAAUGCCGCCCUUUAUAGUCACGUAAGGCAGGUGGGUGGAGAUGUUCAACUGAAGGCGGGGUUAUUAUAAUGAGUUUCCUUCCGUGACGUAAAGGGCGGAAGGAUAUUUGAGCGGCUUGCUGGGUCUGAAAUUUUUUCAAAAGUUUUCAUUUUGGCUGCCCACAACAAAAUGACUGGGUUGUUUUACAUCAAUGUUUGUGUGUUAGUAGGCCCAUCAGAGACUCAAAUGUAUAUGCAAAAACACUGAAAAAGUGAGUUUUGCAUAAUAGGCCCCCUUUAACACUGAUGCAGCAACUACAUGGAGGCAACUGCAUAGCAACUGUCCCACUAUCUAUUUUAGAGAAGGACAGCUGAAGUCAAAAAGGGGGUCUACUUGAGGUGUUAUGAGUAAUUAUCAUUUGCCUUGAGAGAAAAAAAAACCUCUCCAGUAAAGUGCCGGUAAAUGGAGUCGAAAACCAUAGAGAGGAAUGGUCACCGCACACUCACCAAUCCUACCAGUACACCUACCAGUCCGCCAGUACUACCUAAAGCAAAUUUGUUAAAACUUUGAUCAUAUAAAUAACAUUUUGCAUUGUAGCUACAAGUGUGUGGUGACUUUCUUCUGUCAUUCACUAACAAAUACCUGUCAGUCAUGUCACUAUGAUUAAUUCAUUUGCUACUUUGAACAGACAAUUGUAAUACAUUCCCCUAUCUUCCUUAGAACAAACUGUAUUUUACUGUACACUAUAAGUGCUGCUUUAACGGACUGGAUGGAUGCAUUUGCCAAUACUGGAUACGACUUUGUCAGCCCAGAUACAUUCAUGCAUUUAAUUGCUGUGUAUAGCCACUAUCAAUAAACUUCUAU